AUGCAUCAUCACUCUCUGCCAUCUAUUAAUAUCUCUCCGAAGAAGCUUUCUCAAACCCUCCUCCGCACUUCCCAUCAACUAUUGGUCCGAACAGCAACAACAACAGCCUCAACUAUUUCUGCUUCGGACGGAACGUGUGAGGAAUCAAUAGGAUUGGCACGACCACAAACAAUGGUAGGAGGACAGGAAAUGGAGGUGAUGAUUCAAUCCUCGAUCGAUGAUCAUGCAGAGCCAAUGUCGGCUUCGUCCUUAAAUUGGCCCACUUAUUUUGAAGACACGGAAUCAAGUUAUAAACGAAAGAGAGAUUAUGAUCAGUUUGAGGAUGAAAAGUAUGGCCUCGCUGAUCCGUGUGAUUUAGAUCAAUGUGAUUAUUCAUUGAUCAUAACAGAUAAAGACUAUGAAAUAUUUGAACAUGACAAUGACGAAUAUAUGGAACAACAAUCAAAAAAGAUGAAAUUGGAAAAUACCUUGGUGCAAUAUGAAAUUGCCGAAGACAAUUGGAUUUUUCAUAUUUUUGUUUUUCUGUCUUGGGAAGAGCUUUGGGCAUUGAGAACUGUUUGUAAAAAUUGGAAUGACAUGAUCAAACACGUGCCGACAUCAUUGACAGCAUGCAUGCUCAAUCCAAAGUAUUUUCAAGGUUUUUUGGAAAAACUGAAUCCAUAUUUUCUCAAUUUGACAGAAAUUACAUUGAUCAAGUAUGACGUUUCAAAAAUUCGAUGCCCCAGAUUAAGAAAUGCUGCAAGAACGAUAUUUUUGAGUCAUCCCAAUCUUCGAAAAUUAGAAUUACAAGCAAGUUGUAAAAUUGGGCACGAAGAAGCUCAAGCAUUGACUCUUAUUUCCAAACCUCAUUUGAAGGAAAUUUGCAUGCCAAGUAAUGGAGUAGAUGACAUCAUGUGUGAAUAUCUAUGUAAUGGAAACAUUCCAUCCAUUGAGUAUGUUGACAUGUCCAUGAAUUCCAUAUCCCAUACGGGUUGUGAAUUUAUUUCGCGAUGGAAACAAUUGAAAUUCUUGGAUUUAUCUUACAACUUACUUGAUGGAUUGGCCUGUAAAUUUCUUUCAGAAUUGACCGAGUUGAACGAAUUGAAGCUUUCUGGUUGUGGCAUUGGUGACAAGGGUUGUGAAUAUUUGAGCGUACUUUACAACAUAAGCCCAGGUGAAAGUCAACCAAAACUUUCCAAAUUAACCAAAUUAGAUGUAUCAUCCAACGAAAUUACAGCAAUAGGUUGUCAACACUUGAAACGACUCGAUAGCAUCACAUGGCUCGACAUUUCAUUCAAUCCCAUCACUCACGAAGGAGUUGUUCAUUUAGGAACCAUGAAACAACUCACCUCUCUUCAGGCAACAGAUGCUUCGCUGGGGGCAACUGGAGUCGCUGCUCUCUCUGAAAGCGUUGCCCUUCGCAAUAGUUUAACAGAACUCAACUUGACCAAGAAUAAUAUCUGCAACGAAGGUUGUGAAUACUUCUCGAAUAAGAACUUUUCCAAACUGAAAGUAUUACGAUUGGGCUUGAAUAGAAUUUCACAACUUGGAUGCAAGUAUUUAUCAGAGAGCACUUUUCCAGAUCUUCAAAUUCUUGAUUUGCAUUACAAUGCUAUUGGAGUUAAGGGAACUUGUUUCUUGUCACGAAACACCUUCCCAAGUCUUAAAGAGUUGAAUAUUUGUAGCAAUAGCAUCCACAAUCCUCAGUGUCCAUGUCUCAAGAAAGCUCCUCUUCGAAAUCUCAAAAAGUUGUACAUUAAUGGAAAUAAUGUUUCGGACAAGUAUUUGAUGGAGAUUCAACAAACACAUCCAGAUCUCAUUACUGACCUACAGCUAUCCCAACAAGUAUUUAAUUUUGAUCCUCGAGCAUAUAGUGCAAAGGGAAAUAAGGUUACGAAUGGCGUAAACAAUCCAACCCAUUGA